AUGACACCCGCCGCCGCAUCCCCGGACCCUUUCGGGCAGAUCUUGAAGAACCUAUCCCUUAUCGCUCUCAGCCUCUUCUUCCUCCCGCUCGACACCACAAUCCUGUUUUGGUGCUAUGUCUACAACCGCCUGCGCCCCGGCCGGGCCAGCCUCCCGGUCCCCAAUCCCGACCCUCGCCGAACGAUCCUCGUCACGGGCGUCGGUAUGACGAAGGGUCUCGUCCUCGCACGCCUGUUCCACCGCGCCGGUCACCGCGUCGUAGGCGCCGACUUCUCCCCCAACGCCUGCGGCAGCAGAUCCCGCGCCCUGUCCGCCUACCACGUGCUCGCCCGCCCGAGCCGGAGCAGCGGCGGAGGCGACCCGUACCUCGACUCCAUCCUGAAGAUCGUCCAGACGGAACGGGUGGAUCUGUGGGUGAGCUGCUCGGGCGUCGGGUCCGCCGUGGAGGAUGGCGUCGUCAAGGAGGUCAUCGAGGCCCGGACGGCCUGCAAGGCCAUCCAGUUCGACGUCGCCCGCACCCGCAUCCUCCACGAGAAGGACUCCUUCAUGGACCACACGCGGGACGUCGGACUGAGGGUUCCUGAGUCGUACCUCGUCACGAGCCGCAACGAGAUGCUCUCCGCGCUCGAGGACGCCGCGGGGCUGUCGCACAAACCGUCAUCAUCAUCCGACGACGAGAAACACGAGCCGAACCAAAAACGUUUCAUAGCAAAGGCGGUCGGCGUCAACGACAGGGGCCGCGCCGACAUGACGCUCCUGCCCCUCCCGACGGAGAAGCAGACGUACGACUUCGUCUACCGCCUCGAGUGGCUCGGCAUGUCGGACAAGGAGCCCUGGCUGCUGCAGGAAUUCAUCCGCGGCCGCGAGUUCUGCACGCACUCGCUCGUCGUCCGCGGCGAGGUGAAGGCCUUCGUCGCGUGCGAAUCCGCCGAGUUGCUAAUGCACUACGCCGCGCUGCCGGCCGAGUCGUCGCUCUCGCGGGCGAUGCUGGCGUUUACAAAGGCGCAGGCCGCGUCCUUCGGUGGCGAUUUCACGGGACACCUGAGCUUCGACUUCAUGGUCCGCGAGGAGGACGUCGCCAUGGCCAAGGUCAGCCGGCCGGAGGACGUGGGUCUGUACCCGAUCGAGUGCAACCCGCGGGCGCACACGGCGGUCGCGCUGUUCGGGGACACGCCGGAACUGGUGGGGCAGUAUCUCUCCGUGCUGGACGGGGCGGAGGCGGGGCCGGAUGCGGAGGAGGUGGUCGUGCCAAGGCGUCCCGGGAGGUAUUAUUGGAUCGGGCACGACCUGGUCACGCUCCUCCUGCUCCCGACGCUGCGGCUGCUUCUCCUGCGGCUCUCGCUGGUGGGGUAUGUCCGCUCGGUCAGGGAAUUCGCGGAGCACGUGCUGCUCUGGAAAGACGGCACGUUCGAGGUGUGGGAUCCGUUGCCGGCGUGGUGGCUGUAUCACGUCUACUGGCCGUUGACGUUCUGGGACUGUCUUGUGCGGAGGAGGAGCUGGAGCAGGAUCAACGUCAGCACGACCAAGAUGUUUGAGUGCGAUUGA